AGCUUCAACACGCUCCUGGGAACUUCUUCUACCAUACUUUGCCUUUCCCGAUUUGAUUCUAGAUCCUACACAACAAAUCUGUCGUGACAUCAUCUGCUGCUAAGCUCUUGCCGCCAACGCCUUAUCACUUCUGCUACCAACAUGGCAGCAGGUCGCAAAGAGAGAAAAUCUGUCGCCGUGUUCUUGGCUGCAAACACGGGGAAUGACAUCAGAUACGAGAAGCUUAUACACCAUGUUGCUGCAAUGUUCGCCAAGAAUGGAUGGAAUUUGGUGUAUGGUGGAUCCGCACGAGGGCUGAUGGGAACUCUUGGCAAGGCAGCGUCAGCCUUGGGUGUCGAUGUUCAUGGCGUCAAGCCCCGCCCAUUUCUCAAGUACGAAGAAACGGGCGAACUUCCAACAUUUGGCCAUCAUGAGCUAGUGGAUGACCUUUACACCCAAAAGAAACGGAUAGCAGAGUUAACCGAUGCGUUCAUAAUCCUGCCUGGCGGCUUUGGGACACUUGAAGAAUAUACAGCCGUGCGAAUGUGGUCCAAACUUGGAGUCUGGCGCCGGCCCAUUGUGCUUUUAAACUUCGAGGGCUUUUACACACCCUUGCUGGACUGGAUUACCAAAGCGAAAAGUCUGGAUUUUGUUUCCGAGAACAGUGUUGCCGUAGUAUCAGUCGUCAAUUCGGUCGGAGAAAUCGAUGCCUUGCUCUCAAAUCCAGCAACAGUAGUUGAAAACGAUGACCAUUUUGACUGGUCAGUUCUGGUUCCAGGACAUGUCGACUCCUGGCAAUCUGACUUUGAAAAAUCACUCGUUGAUAUCGCAGACCAAGUUUCUCUUCAACAUUCUUUGACAGUCCAUUGGAGCACAUGGCACACGUGGGAUUACUAUACUCGAGUCAACCCUGGUGUCACGGAAGCCAACGUCCGUAUCUGGAAAGACAUCGCACCCUUUUCAACAUGUGUUGGAAUGACUUACCAAGUGGCUAAGAAUCUUGGUGCUGCUCUCAGAGCCGCCCCUAGCCUCGCUCGGGGCUUGGAAAGACUCAGGACAGUCGCCUGUCCAGCAUCAGCCGACUCAACUCAACCCUAUCACUGCGUCACUGGAGUCUUCAUGGAUUCUUAUUGCAUCGUCAUCGACCCUGUGUUCUCGGUGAAGGCAUUCACAGUGCCAUACAAUGGGUCAUUCGAGACCUUACCAUAUAUAACUACGUCUGGCCGUACUCAACAAAGAUGCUUCCGAUAUUUUGCAAGACCAAGUGGCGACAAAGUGCUGACAAUGGAGAAGGUUGGUAGCGUCGAUGCAGCAGUGCAAUUUUCAGAUAUCGACCACAACACUGCCCUGCAACAAAUCUCCAUGCGAGCGGCUAGGAAUACCAGGAUUGGCUCGAAGGUUCCAAGCAAGAAGGUCGUUGUAGUGCGGUCCUUGAUGGACGAAAAGCCUACGAAGAUUGCAUCAACCCCUUUGAACGCUGAGUUUGUUGUGACAGCUUGCCGCGUUCAGAUAGACUUUGGCGAACGUAUUUUGACGAUGCAAAUACCUUCAAAUGACUGGCUCUUCAAACCCGAAAACAAGCGAUAUCUUCUUCGGCUGCAGCACUCGCCAAUGUAUACACCAGUCAAUGACGCAGUAUUGAAUCUGGUUAUCGCACUGAAAUCCUUGUCAAAUGAUGGUAUUGCGUUGGACCAGCUUCUUUUGAUGGGUGAGAUUGGCGAGCGAUUAGGACUCGCAAGGGGAGAAAUCCUGCGGAUUGCCGACUCUCUGUGGCCAGAGAAGCACCAUGUUCAUUAUCCGUAGAUGACUAUAUGAUCGUUGCUUGCGAC